GCAAGCAGGGUGCUUAUUUGACGACAGUGGUACUUCUGGAUACAUGGACCAUAAGCAACAUGGUCGUUUACCUGGCGAGCGGUUCGACGCACAUGAACAGUGUUUGCUUAAAUAUGGCCGAGGAAGUAUACACGCCACUAGUCAAGAUAUUAGUGAGGUUUGUCGUGAUUUGCAUUGUCAACGAGACCGAUAUACAUGGACUUCACAUCCUGCGUUGGAAGGAACACUGUGUGGUCCAAAUAAAUGGUGUAGAAGUGGUCGGUGUGUACAUAAGGGCUUGUCUGCUCUUCAAGCUGGAUUUGCACCCCAUCAAAGUAUCGAUGGUGGAUGGAGUGAUUGGCAACCGUACUCAGACUGUGCUUCAUCGUGUUUGCUGGGCGAUAAAAAUGAUCUGAAUAGCGGUAGUACGGGCAUUAUGACCUCGUUAAGAAGGUGUAACAAUCCCAGGCCAGAAAACAGCGGUAAGAUAUGUUCAGGUGGUGAUCAGAAGUAUAAGUCAUGUUUAACAGAACAAUGUGCAAAUGCACCACAGCUUACUCUWAAAGACUUUGCAAACGAGAUUUGUUUAAGAGCUAAAGAAUACGACGCGGAGCUCUUGGGAACUGGUUAUCAAAAAAUUAGUUCGGAUCCCAAAGAUGCGUGUACUGUUUGGUGUCAUAAAGAAAAAGGUGGUACCAAAAGUCGGGGUUGGUCUUUUCCUGAUGGUACAACAUGCAAAAUAAAUAAGGAUAAGGAAUCCACUUAUUGCAUCGGUGGUUAUUGUAAGGAAUUCGUGUGCGAUAAAUCAUCUACACCGGAAACACUGUAUAUAGAGCAGGCAAAAAGCUGCGAAGUAAACGAACCGUCYACAAAUCGGUUGAGAUCGCCUUCUCAGCCGUUGCCUCUUUUACCCGCAGAAUCCAGUGCCGUMGAAUGGAAAUGGCAGCCACUAUCCGUAUGUCACUAUAGUUGUAUGGUCCCAGGCGUUGGCCUUAAGUUAGUUGAAGGUAAAACUUGUAAAACGUGCGAGCCAGUUAUGAGCAUAAAGAUUUGUCGUCCACCAAAAGAAGCAAGUAUACAUUUUUGA